GGUAAGUAUCAGUUCGCCAAAAGUUCUCGUGGUGAUCCAUCAGAGCGGACCGGAUCGAUUUUCGAUUUGCCCAAAAUGAAGCGAUUGGUAAUCCUGGUCCUCGGCAUGACGGUGGCGAUAUCUCAAGGCGCUCCGACAGAAGAUACGACCAACGUCGUGGCAAUCUUGCGGCAAAGUGCGGACGGUCCCAACCCCGACGGUUCUUACAAUUGGUCCUACGAGACGGAGAACGGGAGCAAGGCGGAGGAAUCCGGCUCUCUUCGGGAGGUCGGCUCCGGGACCGAGGCCAUCCAGGCUCGUGGCACCUUCAGCUAUACAGCCCCCGACGGGGCGGUCAUCGAGCUCGAGUACGUCGCCGACGAGAACGGUUUCCAGCCCCAGGGCGCCCACUUGCCCGUCGCCCCGGUGAUACCCGAGGGCAUACAGAGGGCACUCGAUUGGAUCGCCACGCAUCCGGAGGAGAACGACACGGACGCGCUAAGGAAUAAUAAUCAGCCGAAAAACCAGGAAGAGCAGGAGGAAAAAUAACGCGUCUAUUAAGCGUAUUUGUCGCGGGUUCCUCGUUUACCAAUUGAACUGCUUGUGUAUGUUGAAUAAUUAAAAGUUGUUUGAGCAUUAAACGAUGUCUGUAUUUUUCAUGGG